GCUGCAGCGCCGCCCACCCCCGCACAAGAUGGCGGCCGGUGGGAGCGGCGGGGGCCCCGGGGGCCUCUCCUCCUCCUCCUCCUCCUCCGGCCCGCCGCCGCCUCCGGGCAACGGGGCCGCCGCUGCCGCCGCCUGCACCAACGGCCCGCCCGCCUCCCCGCCGGGCCUCACCUACAACCAGUGCGGGGCCGGGAACCCCGCGGCGGCGGCGGCGGCGGCCGGGGGUCCCGGCUCCGGGGGCUCGGCGGCGGCGGCGCCGGCGGGGGCGGCUCCGGGCGGGGCGGCGGGCGGCCCCCUGCAGCGGGAGCCGGUGUACAACUGGCAGGCCACCAAGCCCACGGUGCAGGAGCGCUUCGCCUUCCUCUUCAACAACGAGGUGCUCAGCGACGUGCACUUCCUGGUGGGCAAGGGCCGCGGCUCGCAGCGCAUCCCGGCCCACAGGUUUGUGUUGGCUGUGGGCAGUGCGGUCUUCGAUGCAAUGUUUAAUGGUGGAAUGGCCACAACUUCUACAGAGAUUGAACUGCCGGAUGUGGAGCCUGCUGCCUUCCUAGCUUUGCUAAAAUUUCUUUAUUCGGACGAGGUUCAGAUUGGCCCAGAGACUGUUAUGACAACACUUUACACAGCUAAAAAAUACGCUGUCCCUGCACUUGAAGCCCACUGCGUGGAGUUCCUAAAGAAAAACCUCAGAGCAGACAACGCAUUCAUGCUCUUAACACAGGCAAGACUGUUUGAUGAACCCCAGCUGGCCAGCCUGUGCCUAGAGAACAUAGACAAGAACACAUCAGAUGCCAUCAAUGCCGAGGGGUUCACAGACAUUGAUUUAGACACCCUGGUUGCGGUGCUGGAGCGGGAUACCUUGGGGAUUCGGGAGGUUCGUUUGUUUAAUGCAGUGGUUCGCUGGUCGGAGGCAGAAUGUCAGCGGCAGCAACUUCAGGUGAUUCCAGAGAACAAGCGGAAAGUACUGGGCAAAGCGCUUUCUCUUAUUCGCUUCCCAUUGAUGACUAUUGAGGAGUUUGCAGCAGGGCCUGCCCAGUCAGGAAUUCUGACUGACCGGGAAGUGGUUAGCCUGUUUCUCCACUUCACUGUCAAUCCAAAACCCCGAGUGGAAUUCAUUGACAGACCACGCUGCUGCCUGAGAGGGAAGGAGUGCAGCAUCAACCGUUUCCAGCAGGUGGAGAGCCGCUGGGGGUACAGUGGGACUAGCGACAGGAUCAGGUUCUCAGUAAACAAACGGAUAUUUGUAGUUGGGUUUGGACUGUACGGAUCAAUACAUGGGCCGACAGACUACCAAGUAAAUAUACAGAUCAUCCACACAGACAGCAAUACAGUACUGGGUCAAAAUGACACUGGGUUCAGCUGUGAUGGAUCCUCCAGCACUUUCCGGGUCAUGUUUAAAGAGCCUGUUGAGAUUUUACCCAACGUCAGCUAUACAGCCUGUGCGACACUAAAGGGUCCAGAUUCUCACUACGGAACCAAAGGACUGCGUAAAGUGAUCCAUGAAUCACCAACAACAGGAGCCAAAACAUGCUUUACGUUCUGUUACGCGGCUGGGAAUAACAACGGCACGUCUGUGGAGGAUGGACAGAUCCCAGAGAUUAUCUUCUAUACAUAGUGCAGCUGUUGGAAUCAGCUGUGUUGGAGGAACUUUUGUCUCCCCUUCUCCCUCUCUCCCACGCCCUUCCAAACAAAAUCUCUGGCUGAAUUCAGCCAUGCCAGUGGGAGCCACGCUAGCCAAAGGUCUCAGUAAAAUAAUUGUAAAGCUCAUGUUUCGCCUUGUGCUAGUGAUGCUGCUGUUACCACCCCCAUGUACAGACUAACUGGUUUACCGGUGUCAUUUAUAGGUUGCCUGUGGCUAGUAACUCUUCAUUUUACUGAUAACCCUCUCUAAUUUCAUGGGUUUUUUAUUGUCAUGAAUGUAGAUGCUUUUACAUCAGCUGGAAGCAUGGAAACAAGUGGCUCUCAUUGUGGUUAAAUUCUCCACUAGGUGACAAUCCUGCAAAAAGAAAAUUCAUAUUGAGGAUCAUAUUGACUUUUUCUUCCUCUGCCCUACUUGGGAUUGGGAUGAGAGGGUUUGCCAGGUCGAUUCAGCUGUGCUGCCAAAAGGGGGAGGUUUCUCUGAGAGAGGUUUCACUAGAACAUGUCUGCCAUGCUGCCAGGCUGUACCUACCUUUUGCUCUUUUCAGAAAAUUAAGGAAACUGGUGUUCAUGGAGGUUUUCCUAUUUCAGCACUACGUAUUGUGGGAGACCUCAGAACGGCCUCCCAGCUCCAGGAGAGAACCUCUACAGAGACCAACCAGAGUUUUACAUGGGCAUUUUUGCUAAUUUGAGACAAUCCUUUAAGUUGGACAGUUAGUACAACCCAACGGAAACCCCCUGGGGCUAGAUGACCCUGUACGUAGGUGGAGAGGCCCAGUAGAUCAGCACUUCGCAGAGCACCUUUGCUACCUACAUGCAGGCUCCCCUGCUCUGGCCUGGGGGUGCUUUUGCAGUUUUGUCUGUAUGCUGUUUAAACAAAUGGGGGAUGUUAAAUAUCCCCUGUGCAGCGUUUAGCAGCAGGGAAUCCAUACUGGUAGCUGCCACGCUAACUGAAUCCCUUCCACUUCGCGGUAGCAGUUGACCGUGGCUGCUUCUACCUGACAAUGUGCCUCGCUUGGCUCCAGUGUAAAGUAUAUGGCUGCGGUCUUCAGGCACGUUGCAGCAUGGCUCUUCUACUGUCUUGUUUUCUUUGCUUCACUAACUGUUCAGACUGGGUCAGAGCUCUGCUGCCAAAGAGGAAGGGGGUUUGGUGUUCAAGUGUAACUUCUUUAACCAGCAGCAGAUGGAGCGGGAUUUAUGAAACAGAAUAGAAAAGGACUGAAGAGUUUCUGCUUGUCCAUGCACAUUUGUCUGUCCCCUCACAGCUAGAGCCUGUUCAGUGGGUGUUUGGACAGACGGUCUCAGCAUGAUGCUCUUACUGGAGACUCCUGGUUGACUUAAACAAAAGCUUUCACACCAGACAUCGAUGGGGGUGCUUUGAUGGCAAAAGAGCCUCCUCCUCUCCCCUUAUCUCUGUUCAAAACUGGUUUCCUCUCGCCAUAACCAGAUGUGAUUUCAGCUGAGCAUGAGGCUGCUUUGAUGGGAAGUAGCUGUGUGACUUUGUUUUGUAACUGCCUGAAUGGUCCCACCCUUGCCCUGACUAGCAAAGACUAAAGGGAUUUUUACUUCCCAGCAGCCUGCCGAGGAGGAGGUAUUUGAAAUAAAGGCUGCCUUCGUAAGCAUGGGUGGCCAAACCAUUCAGAGGUGUUGGUGUGGAAUUAAUUAGUGCAUGAUGGUGUUGUCUCUGAUAAGUUGAGGUUCAUUAAAAAGUCUUUGUGUGUGUGUGUGUCUCUCUCUCCACUGCUCCAGACAUGGUCUUAUGACAGGGCUCCCUUGUUGCAUUUGUGAUAGCAGUCCCUGAGCAAAGCAUUACAUGCUGGUCAUCCUCUACUGCAAUGGAUGAUUUGGUGCCUGUUGCCAGUUGGGAAAUAGUAUCCCAUUCUGACACCACCACCUCCCCCGGGCAUGCCAGAGUAACCGGGUCUAGGUUCUGGGGCUGGCUGGCUGGGUAGCUUUCCACCAGCCAGACAGCAAAAAUAAAGAUCAGGAAUUAAUGUCACCCAGAAAUAAUCCGUGUAGGUGUUAGAUACUGUUGUCAGUGUGUUCUGUUCUUUAGGAAGACAUUGUGAGAUGUAUAUUGUGAGCCUGCUUGAGGGUAGGCAGUUUUUAAAAUACGGCCAGUACUGAAAAUGGUGGGUCCACUACUCAAGUUAUUGAACCUGAUUCUGUGCAAUGCAAACAUAUUCUGAAAUGGAUUAACAGAAUGGAGAUGCUCCUUCCUCCAAGAGGGAAACUGCCUUCUGUUGGAAUGUACAUAGCUGACCUGCCUGCUUUUGCGCUCCCGUUUUUCCCCUCUUCUUGUCAAAGGUUGUGGGAAUACGUCCAUCAGGGUUCAGGGCUUCUUUGCCCAUUUUAUUACCUUCGGUGUAACCUCUUUGCUGUGGAUAUAGCACUCCCUGAGCAUUUCUGUAUAAAGUGGUAAUAGCAGAAAUGUUUGGACCCUGGAAGAAGCAAAUCUGCACACUGGGCCAUGAAAAUAGCAGGACACGUAAGGCAUUUAGCCUCAAGAUGAGGUUGAGGUGUAGACCUACCUGGUGGCUUUUUCCUUUUAAGGCUUAUGUUUUUAAUACUCCCUCCUUCCAGUCUUGCUUUUAAGCCACAAGGCAGGUAGGUCGCUUUAGACUAUCCUGCUGAAAAAUGUUUUAAAAAGAAAAAUUAAACUGAAUAACAUCUGAGCAAUUUUUGUUCUUAGGGCUUUAUGCGGUUUGAGGCGAUUCUGUCUUUUGUAGAUUCAUUGUGGAACAUGCCUGUCUCCAAAAGUAUAAGACGUUUCUAUUGUAUCAUGUCACCUCAAACAGAGCUGGCAACGUCUAGACUCUAGUGCUAUAUUAAUGAAUGUAUCAAAUGCUCAUUCAGUGUUCACGCUCUCUGCUUUUUGCCAGCUUUGUGAUUUUUGUAAAUAGGAAAUCAAUAAAGACAUUGAGAUUGUC